AUGGCCGCCCAGUCCACGUUGCGAAAGCCUCAUGAACCUCUCAUCGCCCUCUAUGACCGCUAUGCCACACUCCUCAAGUCCCGCGUCCGAGACGCAUCGAAGCUCACUAAGAUAUUGUCAACCAUCACUCUACUCUUCACGAUAAUAGGCGCAGGAUAUGGGGGCAGGACAUGGUACAAGAGCCGGCGCGCAGAGAAGGAGACGGGUCGCCGCCUACUGAGGCGGAAUUCCGGGCUCAAGAACAAAGAUGGCUCGCGGACUAUAUACGUGCCCUAUCGCGACUCGACCUCCAAGGUGGUCAUUCACCCUACCAAGCAAACUACAUUCGAUGCGCAUCGAAGACUCUUUCUCCAACCCCCGCGCGCUGCCCGCAUGGCAGAUGCGACAUCGAGCGACCCGCAAGCGCCACCACCGCAGACGAAACCGGGCUUGAAUCUUGCCUUUUUGCACCAGUUCCUCAGCUUGUUGAACAUCAUGAUACCGAGAUGGAACAGCAAGGAGACGGGUCUGUUGGUCAGUCAUAGUGUCUUCUUGAUGCUGCGGACAUAUCUCUCGCUUGUCGUAGCACGGCUUGACGGAGAGAUUGUACGAGAUCUUGUGGCAGGUAACGGCAAGGCAUUCCUAUGGGGAAUAGUCAAAUGGCUAGGUGUUGGCACCUUCUCGUCAUACACAAAUGCUAUGAUCAAGUUCCUGCAGAGCAAGGUCUCGAUAGCCUUCCGCACACGCCUUACAAGAUACAUUCACGACUUGUAUUUGAACGAUCACCUGAACUACUACAAACUGCAGAAUCUGGAUGGAGGUGUAGGUGUUGGCGCCGAUCAAUACAUCACCCAAGACUUGACACUAUUCUGUGCGAGCGCAGCAUCUUUGUAUUCCAGCUUAGGAAAGCCGUUUGUGGAUCUCUGUGUCUUCAACUACCAGCUGUACAGAUCAUUGGGCCCCUUGGCGUUGACGGGCUUGCUGAGCAACUACUUCUUAACCGCGACAGUACUGCGGAAACUUUCACCACCCUUUGGCAAACUGAAAGCUGUCGAGGGACGACGAGAGGGUGAGUUUCGUGCUCUCCACUCACGCCUCAUUGCAAACGCCGAGGAGGUCGCUUUCUACGGCGGUGAUGAGAUGGAGAAGCACUUCCUUGAACGCGGUUUCAAGGAUCUCAAGCACUGGAUGGAAGGCAUCUACAGCCUAAAGAUCCGAUACAACAUGCUCGAAGACUUUGUGCUUAAGUACUCAUGGUCUGCCUUUGGAUACCUCGUUACAUCUCUUCCAGUCUUCUUGCCUGCUUGGGGAGGUGCCGACGGUACAGCCGAGCUUCCAGGAGGCGAGAAGACGCAUCGCGAGCGUAGCCGCAUGAAGGACUUCAUCACAAACAAGCGCCUCAUGCUUUCUCUUGCCGAUGCUGGCACCGUUCACAAGGGCUUUGACGGCAUCCGUCUCGAACACGUCCCCGUCGUCGCACCAGCCCUCCAUCCAAUGGGCGGCGAAGAACUCCUAGAAUCCCUCUCCUUCAUCGUCCACUCGGGCGAACACCUCCUCAUCACCGGUCCGAACGGCUGCGGUAAAAGUGCCGUAUCCCGCAUUGUCGCAGGUCUAUGGCCCGCAUACCGCGGCCUCGUCAGUCGCCCCCGCACCAUCGGCGUAGACGGAAUCAUGUUCCUUCCCCAAAGACCAUAUCUCUCCACCGGAACGCUUCGCGACCAGGUCAUCUACCCUCACACUGACGCUGACAUGAAGGAUGCUGGACGCCGCGACUUUGAGCUCUCCCAGGUACUCGAGGAAGCCAAGCUAGGCUACCUACCUGACCGAGAAGGCGGCUGGGAUACUAAGAAAGUAUGGAAAGAUGUGUUUAGCGGGGGUGAGAAACAGAGGAUGGGUAUAGCGCGGUUGCUGUAUCACGAGCCGCGGUAUGCGUUUGUUGAUGAAGGCACGAGUGCUGUGAGCAGUGAUGUUGAAGGUUUGCUGUAUGAACGCGCAAAGGCGAAGGGCAUAACUUUAAUCACCAUUUCCACCCGUGCAAGUCUGAAACGCUACCACACCUACACCCUCACCCUCGGCAUGGGCGAACAUGGAGACGAAUGGGAGUUCCAGCGCAUAGGCACACAAUCAGAGAAGUCGAGCGUGGAAAAGGAACUCGCUGAGCUGAGGGAGAGGCUGGAAAAGGUCGAGGGCUGGAAGCAGAGGAAAGAGGAGAUUGAGAGUGAGUUGAACAGGGUGUGGGUGGAGAAGGAGGGUGAGGGGGAUGGGGAGGAGUUGGCGCUGCCACCGUAUCUUGAGAAGGAGGGCGAUGGAGAAGCUGAGGGAGGUGAGGAGGUUUCUGCAUAG